AUGAAUUCGCUAGUUGACCAAUCGUUUCAAGGCCGUUGGAAGGUUCCGGCUUGUAACCUGGACCUGUCGUUUAGAGGGAGACCAUUGCGUCCUGACGGCGUGGCACGGAUAAGGCAGAGCAUCAUGUCCAACGGCUGGGUUGACACACGUAUCAUCGCCUGCCGACUUGCUGGUGACAAUGGUGUGUUGGACGAGGCCACGGCGAAGACAAAGCCCCUGAGAGUCAUAGAUGGGCGCCACAGAUGCGCAGCUCUUGUUGCACUCAACGCCGCCAAGGAUUCAGGACAAGAGAUCUGCCCGCUCGUUGAUGUUCAUAGUGCAGUGGACGCGGAUACGGAGAGGUUGAUAGCUGCAAGUGCGCAGGAUAUCACCGAAGGAGUUGUCAAGACCACGUUAUUCGAUCGGGUUAUGUCAACCAAGGCCGCUCUGCAGGGGUGCAGUAACACCAGGUCCAAGCCUCUCGCGGUAGAGGGCUUGGCCUCUGGUUGCGGUGGUUCGCGCGAAAAUGCCAAGAAGUCGGUUGCAAAUGCGACUGAAGCCCUCAAGCAGGCAGGACUCGACGCUCUGGAGGACGUCACGGUGCUUGAGGGACGCCCAGCCGGACAUCGCGACCUCAACCCCUCACCGGACGGCCUGCAUUUUGAACGCGUUACACUGGAAGCCCUGCUUCGGCCCGAGUUCGCGGCAAUGCCGGGGGAAGAUCAAGCCGCGUACAUUUACCGCAUGGCCUCCGGGUUCAAGAUUGGAAAGCUAACCGAGGAUGACUUCAGGGAACUCGACGGGGCGGCGAGCGCCACUGGUCGCGUCGUUCGGAGCGUUUCCGCACUCGUCGGACGACAGGACUGGACUCCAGGAUUCAAUGAGGUUACGGCGUACGAGCCGUACUCACAGUUCAUCUCACACCACCACGCACUUGACGAAGCGUGUACGAUCCACGCGAGGAGCUUGCCGGACGGGAUGCUACCGCACACGCCUCUCAAUGAGUUCCAGCUUAGUCGACCGUGGCAACCGACAUUACAGGAGAUGAAGAAGUACGAGGCUAUGGAGUCGUUCCCCGAGAUCCUCAUCAGCAAGGAGAAGCAGUUAAGAGAGGAUGCCGCGUCGAAGGUCGAAGAGUUCAAUCAGAAGAUUCACAAGCGUCAACGCUGCUACUCCGCGGAUGAAGCGUCGGAGGUCGGACAGGAGUGCAAGGUGAAGAUUCACAAGGAGGGUCAACGCGCAGCCAGGACGAAGGCAUCAGAGACCGCCGCUGCUUCCGCUGCUUGUGCGCCGCCAUCGACAGCCAACGAGGUGGCGGCCGACAACAUGGCUGUAAGGAGGCGGCUGUUGUCGAGGCUCCUUGCGAUCGACGUAUUCUGCCCAUAUUCCGUUGGGGAUCUGGAUGGAUUGCAUUCCCUGGGCAUCAGGUACACGCUGGCGUUCCUCAACCUCUCCCGGUAUGUCAGCGUUCCGGCCGGGACUUCCGUCAGCUGUUCGUCGUCUCCCCUGAACCAACGUCUACAGACCGCCCUCGACUCUCUCUCGAACAACUUGGAAAAUCACGGCACCGUGUUGCUGUCUGUACCUGGCGAGAUGCAGGAAACCAACCUUCUGACAGACAUGUUCAAUAAAGCGGGUCUUCGGGUAGAGGGGAAUCCAGUCAUAUCAACGUACGCUGGGUCUGAGGGCCGCGGAGGCCAGAGCUCCAUCACCAUCGUCGCGCACAAGGAUGGGGAGAGGUUCAUUUGCAACCCGGGGGGUCGGAACAGCAAUGAGGAGGGCGAGACGACACACACACCUCGGGCAUCCAGGCCACCCUAUGUCCAGCGGCAUGUAGACGCUGCGUUAGACCCGCGAGUAGGGAAGUGGUCUUGUCGAGCACCCGCCGAGGGGUCUUUCAUCAGCAGCGCCCUGACCACGUUCUUCAUCACACGAUAUACCGACCGAGACGAUGCGGUGCUCACAACUGAUGCAGCCGUAGACAUCACAGUUUGCGAAAAGACGCUCUAUCACGGACGUUCGCUGGUGGCAUUAGUCCCUGCCUUCGGUAAGGUGGAGUUGGUGAGGCAGAAAGUGGGGCAAUUGGAAGAGGACUUUAAGUGUGGAUGGCCUCGAUCCUGGCUUCGGGUUCAACGCCCCAUCAACAUCCCUGACAGCAAUGUGCCACGGUCGGUGGCGCCUCGGGUCUGGGUUUCGAGGGACAAACGUCCCAUGAACGUCCCUCACAGCAACGUGCCACGGGAGGUGGCGCUUGAAGUGGCCUGGAGGCAACCCCAACACGUACCGCAUGUGAUCUCCCCUGAACAGCAGGUCGCCGCCAUGGCCGCCAAGGAGAUGGGACUCGAAAUAAAGGCAUCAAAUCGCCACGGACUCGGUUUGUUUGCUCAGGAGGACAUGGCUGCAGGAGACGCCAUGCCUAUGGCUUGUUUCGGGUCUUUCGUAGUGCAUGAUUCUUUAGAAGAGGUGGUGUCUGCCAUCAACAAGGACGGUGUCCCUCGCCACCACGUGACUUCUCAAGUGUAUAUGCUGUGCACAGAGGAGGAGAACAGUCGUCCAAAGGCCGCGCUGUACAUGGUGCCUCACCAGUCUUGCUUCUUGUGGUACAUGAACUCAAGCGGCUCGGACGGUGGAGAUGCCAACGUGGAGGCACACAAAAAAAUUGAUGUUGAAACUCUCAGUCUGGGGAGGCAGGGCCGGGGUGGGACAGAGAUUCUGCACGUGGAAGACCCGGCCUUUGAGGAGCUGCUCGCGCCAUCUAAAGUACUGGUGUUCAAACUCUCUAGAGAUGUCAAGGCUGGAGAAGAACUUCUGUACGACUACCAUGUGGCGGAGUCGAAGGGCAGUUAGGGUAGCGUCUAAGAAGGGUAACAGUAUCGUAAACGUACUUUGGCAGUGGAAUCUAAUUAUUCCGUGACAAUUCGUAGGAUACAAAGUUCGGGUUAACUUAUGUUCCGAUUCUGCGGGGUCGCUUGGCGUGGUAACGAACCUAAUUUCAAUCUCUAAACGUGGUGAUGAACAAGAAGGACAGGUC